AGCUUCCUAAUGGUUCUUUCGAAGGAAAGCAAUUAAAACUUGAUGCUAACCUCACCUAUAAAGGUGUCAACAGAGGACAAUUAUCAUUUGUCGCUGACUUUUUUUCGCUUCCUGAUUCGAAUUAUUCGGAGGUUAUUAGCCCAACUACUAUUUCAGUUCGACAUUUAUAUCUCUUAAUGACUUAUCAAAGUCAAUAUGGAUGCUUUGAACUUACUGACGCAUUAGCCAGAUUAUUCAAUUACUCUUCUAAAGAAGAACUUGUUCAAGCCUUUUCUGAUUUUGUUCAAAAGGAUGACGGAAUUCGUAACUUAGAUCACAAAGUUUGGGCUACUGUGCUUAUCACAUCCUUCCUUAAAGUAUUAAUGUGGGAGCAACGUCGUGAGUGGAUGAAUAUUUAUAACAGAGCUGAAAGUUGGUUGAGUGAAAAUGUCACUGAUGUUGAAGUCGAAGAGCGUCUUUAUAAUUAUUCAAACAAAUUUGUUAUUCAACGCUUUAAAGUUACUCAAUGGGUAGACGAGAAUCAACAACGAAGUGUGGGAGUUCUCGUCAUAUCUAAGAAAUCAAUCAUUACCCGAAAACAUGUUGAUAUCCGUAUUGUUCGUCGAUUCAUCUCUUAUCAGAAUGAAUCUGGUUGUUUCGAACUUACCCCUCAAUUGGCUGAAGCUUUGGGUUUCAGUUCGGUUGAAGAAGCUAAGAAACAUAUUGAAACUCAUUUCUCUUCCUACUCACCAAGAACUGCUCAAUUCGAUGCUAACGUUUGGAGUACUGCUAUUUUGAUUUGGUUUAUACGAUAUGUAUUAGUUGAUCACAGAAGUGAGUGGGCUAGUGUAUAUCAAAAAGCAAAUAGUUGGCUUUGUCAACAAGUGAAAGAUGAGAAAGUUCGAGACGAACUUCUUGAGGCUGCUAGAAACUUUGUUGUUAAAAGAUUCGAAGUUGAGAAUGAUGCUAUAGAAGAAGAUGAGUCCUUCAAUGAGUCUAUUAAAAGUCGAGAAAUUGGCAUGACUGACAAUUACGAUGAACAGCAAGAUUUCAUAGUCCCUAAUGAUGAAGUUGUUGGAAUAAUUAGGAUCUGUAUUAAAAGUGCUAAAGAUCUCAAAAAAUCAGAUUUUUGGUUUACCUUUUCUAAUCCUGACCCAUACAUCCGCAUUAUGAAUGCUGCCGGAGCUGAAAUAGUUCGUACUCGUGUUUGUCAUGGAACUGUUACCCCCAAAUGGGAUGAAGUUCAUUUUGUUUCUGUUCAUGGUUCGGGCGAAAAAAUUUCUUUUGAAAUCUUUGACGAAAAUCUUUUUGUAUCGGACAAACCCCUUGGUACCUUUGUCUUGGAUACUAAUACUUUAAUGAGAAGUGAAGACCAUUCUAAACCUGUUAGUGAUUGGUUCCCACUUGAAAUUGGCAACAAGCCAACUAAAGGACAUUUAAAUUUGGAAGUUCAAUUUAUCCCCACCGCCUUUACCGAUGGUCAGGAAUUU